AUGCAUUCCAAAAAUUUUCAUUCAUUUCUCGUAUGGUUGCUUAAUUCUGUAUCAGUAAUUGCUGAAUUGGUUACUGAUAAUGGUAAUAUUAUCAGUUCUAAUGAUGGAUAUAUCAGUCAACCAGUUAAGAUUUCAUUAUUUAAUGAUCCAUCAGUACUUCGAUUUGGUAAUUCAUCAACAUCCGAUUAUUUCAAACUUCUUGAUUUAGAUGGUAAUCAUUUACUAAUCGGUGCAAGAGAUGUUGUAUAUAAUAUUAGCAUUGAAACAUUCACCGAAAUACAUUCAAUUAAAUGGCCAUCAAAGGAAAGUGUCGUGAAGGAAUGUUUAAUGAAGGGAAAAUCAAAGGAUCUAUGUCAUAAUUAUGUACGUAUUCUAGCUAAACAUAAUAAUGAUCAAAGUAUUUUAAUUUGUGGUACCAAUGCAUUUCAACCAAUGUGUCGAAAAUAUGAACCGGAAAAAUAUGAUGAAUAUAGGCAAAAUUUAGAAUUUUCCGGACUCGGUAUUGUACCGUAUGAUCCAAAUCAUAAUUCAACAUUUCUUCGAGAUGAUGAUCUAUUGUAUGCUGGAACAGUAUCAGAUUUUUCGGGUGCUGAUCCUUUGAUCCAUCGACGAAAUAUUACAAAAAUGAUUGAUUUGGGUAUUCGUACGGAACGAAAUGAUGUAAAAUUUCUUAAUGAACCAAAUUUUGUUGGUUCAUUUCGUGAUAAUGAAUAUGUAUACAUUUGGUUCCGUGAACAAGCAGUGGAACGUGAAUGUUGUAAUGACGGUGCCAUAUAUUCACGUGUUGCUAGACUUUGUCGAUCGGAUAAUGGCGGUCCAAGACCAUAUUCCAAUGAAUGGACAUCAUUUGUAAAAGCUCGGCUAAAUUGUUCCAUACCAGGCCAUUAUCCAUUUUAUUUUGAUCAAAUAGAAGCUAUUGCGCCACCGGUAAAUAGCUUUCAUUUAUUAAAGAUGAAACAGUUAGUCUAUGCAGUAUUUCGUAGUCCUUUAGCUGGCAUCUCAUCAUCAGCCAUUUGCGCUUUUGAUAUUCAACAAAUUAAUGAUGUUUUCUCGGAAUCUAAAUAUGGUGAUCGAAGUAGUUCACAAUCAUUAUGGAUGAGUGCACUUUAUAGUGAUACUUCAAAAUAUCGACCUGGUAAAUGUGCAAAUAAUUCACGUCUGCUACCCGAAGAAGCGGUAGCAUUUGCCCGAUCUAAUCCGCUAAUGAAUGAAGCUAUACCAAAUUAUUUUGGUGCACCAAUUGCAAUACAUACGGGUUUGGAUCAUUUUACACAAAUUGUCAUUGAUGCUCAGGUGAAAGCAGUUGAUGGACAUUUAUAUGAUGUUAUAUUUAUUGGUACCGAUCAAGGUAAUAUUUUCAAAAUGGUAAAUUUAGCUGGCACCAAAACUACCGCAAAGCAACCAUCUCAUCAUAUUUAUACAUUUCAAAUUACUAAUGAACCAAUUCAAAAUAUGAUGAUAUAUCAGGGAAAUAUGAAAGAUUUAUCUGUUGAAAGAUAUUUAAUAGCUGUUAGUGAACGAUCUGUUGUACGUGUUCCGCUAGCGCAGUGUAAUAGAUUUGAGACGUGUACUGAUUGUGUCGCUUUACGUGAUCCACAUUGCGCAUGGGAUUUAGAAGCUAAGAAAUGUAUAUUAUUAAAUAAUAAUUUAAAUGGAUUAUAUGAACAACAAGUUAUAACAGGCGAUACACAGGGUUGUGGUACUUUUACCGAACUUCAACACUUUUUUAAUUUUGAUAUUAUACCAUCGAUUGUUAAUGAACAUGAGGAACCUUUACAAGAUAUAUCAUAUGUUCUUCCAUUAUCAAAUUCGGCAGCAAUCAGUAAAAAUUGUUCGUGUGAAGAAAAGAAGUCAAUUCCGGUUUGUGCUUCCACUAGUAAUUCAUUCCGUGUUACUGCAGAAUCGACUGCAUAUUCAUUAAUUGAACAUAGUUUUUUUCUGCCAAUACUUUGUGCUUCCAUUGCAACAUUUGCAAUAUUUAUUGGUUUUUUUGUUGGAAACUUAUAUUAUCGUUGGAAAUUAUCAAAUAAAGGAAAGUCUUCAUCAUGUCAAUCAUUUAGUACCACUACACCUCAACCGAUCUUUGGUACCAGAUUAUCAUCACCAUCGUUAAGCAUUAUCAAUGCAUAUGAAUCAAUAUCAAAAUUUAGCGGUGCUAUACCAUUACGAUCAGAUUCGCCCAUAUCGCUUAUGGUGGAAGAUUUGUCACAUUCAUCGUCAUUUAAAGACAAAUUAAAGCAAUCAAAAAUUCAUCGGCCUAAUCAAAUUUAUUUGUAG